AUGUUUUGGAAGUUCAAUUUGUUGACUUCAUCUCAUAUAGACACCUUGUUGGAUAAGGAGGAUGUCACCCUUCGGGAGCUCAUGGAUGAAGAUGAUAUUCUGCAAGAAUGCAAAGCUCAGAACAGGAAGCUUGUGGAUUUUAUUGUUCAGUCUGAGAAUAUGAAGGAGCUGAUGAAGAUGAUCACUGUAGAGCCACCUGAUGAUGUUGAUGAGAAACUCCGUUUCAAGUACCCCAACACAGCCUGUGAGCUGCUGACGUCUGAUGUGGCACAAAUCAACGACAGACUGGCCGGGGAUGCUGAACUGAUAAAUAUGCUGUACGGCUUUCUUGAGGGAGACAAACCCUUAAACCCUCUGCUUGCAUCCUUUUUUAGCAAAGUUAUGGGACUUCUGAUUACCAGAAAAAGUGAAAUGAUUUUUGAAUACCUGAAGUCAAAGAAUGAUUUUGUUGAACGGUUGCUGUAUCACAUUGGUACUUCUGCAGUGAUGGAUUUGUUGCUUCGGCUUAUCACUUGUAUAGAGUCUCCAGACACUCGUAAAAAUGUUACUGAGUGGCUGAGUGCAGAAAAGAUUGUUGAAAAGUUGGUUGAUUCCAUUGUUGCAUCAAAAGAUGAAGAUAUUCACUGCAACGCAGCUCAGUCUCUAUGUGAUAUUGUACGUUUGGGUAGGGAGCAGUUCAUACACCAACCGGAUCUCUCUGAUACAGACCCACUGCUGCGCAUCAUGGAACAGGAAGAAACGGUUGCACAGCUGCUGUCUCGAAUGUUUGAUUCAGACAAGAACGAGUCUGUCCUUGUAAAUGGGCUGUGUGUUAUACACACACUUCUGGAAGUCCAGCGACAGGCGACAGACCCAUGUGAACAGUUACCUAAUGGUGAGACUGACCACUACAGUGAAGGUAUUAGCAAUGUCAUCGCUGCAAUUAUCCCCCGGCUCAAAGACUUCCAUGACCUCUUGCUGAACCCUCCAAAGCAACGGUACUACAGAAUGCCCACAACAGUCUGCUGCCUGGAGCCUCCGCUGGGAAACACGAGGUUGCAGGUGGCCAAGCUGAUCACAACCCUGGUUGGUGUAAAUAUGCAUCAAGUCAACACAGAGCUGGCCUCUUUGGGAACAGUUCAAACCUUAUUGGAUUUAUUUUUCAAAUAUGAGUGGAAUAAUUUUUUACACACACAAGUAGAGCAGUGCCUUCUUAUCAUUUUAAAUAACAGACCAGUGGAGAUAGACAGCACAAAGCUGCAUCCUUUAUUGUCUCAGAUAUUUGCUGAAUAUAGUUUUGUACAGCGGCUGCUUGUAGAGUGGGAGUUGAACCAACAGCGACAGAAAAUUGAACAUAGCAGACGAAGUGGGUUUAUGGGUCAUCUAACAAAGAUAGCCAACACAGUUGCUGGGCUUGUAGAGAAAAAUGACACAGGAAGUUUUGUGAAGGAUCUGUUCAAUGGGCUUUCACAAGAUGUCAAGGACCGGUGGGAGGCUUUUGUUGCUGGGUCUUUGGCUGAAGUCAAUAAGAAAAAUGCAAUAGAGUUGAUGCGGGGUCGCACGCUGGCAUCCAGUAGUGAAGACGAUGACACUGAUUUCAAAGACAUUCCUUUUCCACAGGAUUCUGCCAUGCAGCAGGCCUUCUCUGAUUACCAGCUGCAGCAGAUGACUAGUAACUUUAUUGACCAGUUUGGCUUCAGCGAUGAGGACUUUGCUGAACAGGAUGAGAAAAUUGAAACUGUAUUUUCCAACAGGAUAUCAAAUAUAAAUGCAGAUAUUCAAGCACAUGGCAUUAAUCAAAGCACGACCCUGUUUGAGCAGGUGUGCAGUGAGCGGAUCCAGCAGUUUGAUGACAACGACAGCGAUGAAGACAUCUGGGAGGAGAAGGCUAUCACUUUUGACAAGGCUGCCGGCCAAGCUCAUUUAGAAAGAUUAAGGGCUGCAGCAUCUCGGUGUAACAACAGCGAUGAAGACAGCACAGACAGCGGGGAAGAGCUGGACUCUCCUGUCAGAACUGUGCAGCCACCAACAGAGGGCAUGGAUGUGGAUCACAACGAAGAUUCCAGUGCCCAGACAGAACCAGCAGCUAUGGAUACCACAUCUCCAUGGGAUAAACCAUUAGCAGCAUCACCUGCCACUGCGCCACCCAAGGAGAGUUGGGCAGACUUUAACAGUGUUGCCAACAAGCCAGCCAAUGGAGACAACUGGGCAGAUUUCUCCUCUUUUACAGAUUUUCCUUCGCUAGCCACUCAGGGACCAAGAAGUAGCUCGCCAGUAGAAAUGGACACCACAGAGGAUGUGAGGAAGAAUCCAUAUGUGGUUCCAGCAGAAGACAGUCAGCAGGAGAAAGAUGAAUCAGCCAUAACCUGCGCGGUGACCCAGACAGAGUCAGAAUCCUCUAGCCCAGAAGUGAAUUCCACAUCUCUGAGUCAGCCCUCGGCCAGGGAAUCUGACACAGUCAGUUCUAAUUUAUCCUUUGUUGAAAGCCAAACGCCAGGAGGGUUGGCAGCUACCACUCAGUCUCAGGUCACAAGUACAAUCAGCGAAUUAACCAACAUCGCCGCUGUAGGAGCCAGCAACCUCGGCCCCCUGGAUACAGCUGCAUCUGCUGGGUCCCUUGAAACCACUGCUGCCGUAGAACCCAAAGUGGCUCAGUCACUGGCAUCAAAUGUUAGCUUACCAGACAACCAAAGCUUCCUGGCAACGUCUGGACUGAUGAAGAAUUCAAAUCCUGUAGCGGCCACUUGCCCUAUUAGUCAGCCAUCAGCAGAGUCACCAGACAGUGGUGCUGCUGCUCUACCAGCCUCACCACCUGUGGCCGCUGUGCCUCCAGCAUUGAUGCCCACUACACCUUCCAUAGAUGACCAAGCCAUGCAGGAGCCACUCCCUGGCCAGUUUCCAUCCAAGGUGGAGGAGAAAAUUGAGCAUGUCAGGGCCCCAUCCAUCGGAAGGUCAAGAGCUAUGUGA